GAAUAACAAGGGGCUGCAGAAGAGAGGUACAUUUAUCGAUAAAAUAAUGAAUUCCAACCAAACCCCUCCUCCUCCUCCCGUGAGACGUUCGCUCCCCUUGGCUCCCCCAGCCACAAUAAGAGAUAUCUGCGAUGUGGAGUGGCGCAGGGCUCCCGCCUCGCUGACAGAGAGGAAACGAGCGAAUCGCCCGCGUGACUCUCUCACUCAUUGACCGCGCGGUCCAUAGCAAUUUUCAUUAUCCCUACCCGGUAGUGAACAGUGAGGACCACUGCUCGGCUAUCUCCAUUGAAGGAACCGGGACAGAGGGAGAGAGCGAGAGAGAGGGGGGGGGGCGAGACGGUAUUUGGAGCUCUCUCCAGCCUGCGCUCCCUCACAACCGCAGCAAGAUGCUGAGCGCCGCUCUUUGCCAACCGGCUGCUGUUUCUCCCGUCUCCAGGGGCUGACUCCCGGUGAAGAGAACUCUAAAUGGGCGUUUUUACCGUGUCUGUUGAUUCUCAAGGAUCCACGGUUGGAUAUUUUCGAAAUGAAACGAAUGAAAGAUAUCUCAGGACAUCAUCAACUCUGUGGAAAACAGCGACUUGAGAUCUUCCCCCGGUCUGAACAGUUUAGCGCUGUUUCUCCCCUUCUCUAUCCCUCUUCAAGCAUCUCCUCUGGUUACCCUGGAAGUCGCCAUCCAUGUGGCCCUCGAGAGUGGGGAGCAGGCAGCCCUGUCCCCGGGAAUCGGCACUCCGCAGGGCGGCCAUCAGUGGCAACGUACUCGCCCUGCCGCCGCACCACGUCCCCACGGGCAGGAGUGUCCGGGUCUUCAUCUGUGCCAACCCUGACGACACCGAAGCGGAGAGGAACGCACUAAAAGAGCAUGUCUACCCCAAACUACGGGACUUCUGCAGAGAGAAUUAUGGGAUUGAGUUCCAGGUUGUGGACCUGUACUGGGGGAUGGACCCAGAGGAGUGGGACAGUCCAGACCUGCAGCGUCUCAGGAUGAAGUUACUAGAGGACUGUCUCCAGACGUCCGCAGGCCCAUGUUUUGUUGGGCUGGUGGGAGAGAAGUAUGGCAGUAUCCGCGUGCCGGGGGAGGUGGAGGCUCCAGAGUUUGAGAUGAUCUUGGAUGCGGCGGUGGAGGCAGGCCUAGACACACACAUCCUGGAGGAGUGGUACUGUCGAGAUGAGAACUCCGUGCCGCCGGCCUACUACCUCAAACCCAAAGCCCAGAUGUUGAAGAACUACCAAAACUCAAUGGAGUCGAGCAGUGCAGCCAAGACGAAGAACGACAAGGCGUGGAGGAACGUGUCUGAGGAGAUCAAGGGGAUCUUCCGUAGGUCUGUCCUGCAGCUCCAGGAGAAGGGCACCAUGAAGCCCCCUCAGGCCAAGAAAUUCCUUUGCUCUGCCUUGGAGGACGAGUUGGACUUUGCUUUGGGCAAACAAACGCCUGCCUUCCUCAAGAAGUGUGUCUGCUAUAUCCGCAAGAUCUCCAACUUCGACCGGCACGCCAAACUCCCGGAGAUGGCCAAGUACAUGGACAUCGUCGUCGCCGAGGACCGCGUCAUGCGUAACCAGGAAGCCUACGAACGUCUUUUAAAAGUACGAGACGAGUUUAUCCCCACGGUGGUGGCCUCGUCCAACCUCCGGGUCUACUCCUCUGUGACGCACUGCGACAUGAAGCUAGGCUACUCCCAGGAAGUGGAGAGCCACUACGUGGAAGGCUUGUGUAAACAGUUCUACGAGGAUAUGGUUGACAUCAUCCAGGCCACGGUCCAGCAGAACUUUGACACAGAGACCGACCCCUUGUACGACGAGAUCCUCCAGCACCUCUCCCUGUGUAAGAACUUCUCGGUCUUCUACGAUUAUAAGAGCGAGACGCUGGACCUGGUGCAGGAGUAUCUGCUGCCGUCUAAAGGGAGUAGGAUGAGCCCCCUGGUGGUCUACGGUGGGCCCUGCACGGGGAAGACAUUGCUGCUGGCCCAGGUGGCCAAACAGGCCUACACGUGGCUUCAGACGGAGAUGGGCCCCGAGACAGACCCGGUAGUCAUCGUCCGCUUCGUGGGCUCCUCAGAGUUUGCCACAAAUCUGCGUACCCUACUCCAGAGCAUCUGCGAGCAGAUAGCCAUCAACUACCGUUGCCUGAUCCACUUCCUGCCCAACAAGAUCCAGGAGAUGACAGAGCUGCUAGUCAACCUCCUUGGGGAGUCCUCGUUCCAACGGCCCCUGGUCAUCAUCCUGGAUGCGCUGGAGCAGCUCUCAGAGGCCGACGAGGCCCGCAAGCUGUGGUGGCUUCCCGCCCACCUGCCUCGCACUGUCCGCAUCAUUGUCUCAACAUUACCCAACAAGCACGGAAUCCUCCAAAAACUCCGCUGUUUGAUCCAUGAUGAAGGACGCUACGUAGAGCUGGUGCAGCGUGACCGCAAGACCUGUAGUCAAACACUGAAGCAGCAGCUGCUGGGGUUGAAGAGGAAGGUGACCUCGGGACAGCAGAUCUAUGUCAAUGAAGCGCUGGCCAAGUGCACGCUACCCAUGUUCGUCAACCUCGUCUACCGGGAGGUGGUACACUGGCGCUCGCACAAGGACGUAGACGACCGUUCGCUGUGCUCCACCGUGCACGAGAGCAUCGAGCAGCUAUUCUACUCGGUGGAGAACAAGCUGGGGCAGCGGUUUGUGUUCAGGGCGCUGGGAUACAUUACCAUGGCCAAGGCGGGCUUAACGGAGGUAGAGCUGGAGGAUAUUUUGUCACUGGAUAACAGUGUGCUGGGAGACAUCAUGGUCAGUUCAAAUCUAAAAAACCCACUGAGGAUCUCCUAUGACCUGGUGGCGAGGCUGAAAGAGGAACUGGAGGGGUACCUGGUGGAGAGGCAGGUGAGAAACGUUACUCUGAUGGUGUGGGCCAAUAGACAUCUGCACCUCAUCGCCCAGAAGCUGUAUCUUAGCAAUGAGGAGGACGUGCACCAGAUGCACAGCCUCCUGGCCGAGUACUUCCUUGGGGCGUGGUCGGGCGGCAGGAAAAAGAUCUUCCACUGCGACAACAACCACUUUGCCUCGCUCAACAUCUCCCAACACAAGAACCCCCACCCCCAGCAGCCGUCCCACAAAGAAGCAUCCGCCGAGAAGUACUCCUAUGACAGGCAGACCCCCGAGCAGCCCUGGGUGUUCCAGUGCAACCUCCUGGAGCCUGACAUCUUCUUCGUCAACCACAGGAAGAUGACAGAGCUCCUCUACCACCUGACUCGGAGUGGCCGCACAGACGACCUCAUGUACGGGGUCAUCAUGAACUUCAGUUGGCUCUACACCAUGAUCAAGAUAGGGCAGUUUGAGAAGGCGCUGACCGACAUCGACGUAGCCUACAGCUACUCCCAGGAGAAAGAACUCAAGUUCUUGGCCACCACACUGCGCAGCAUCAAGGUCAAAGUGAUGAAUAACCCGGCAUCCCUGUCUGCAGAGCUGCAGCAGAGGCUCCUCCCUGUGGUAACCUCCCUACCAAAGCUUCGACACCUCCUCCUGGAGUGCGACAAGGACGGGCCCAAAUACUGCUCCAUCGUGCCCCUCCACUCCUCCAUGGAUGUCUCCUACAGCCCUGAAAGACUGCCGCUGUGCUCCAGCUACAUGCAGAUAGUGGAGAUCCUGCCCACCCUAGCCCCCAACAUUGUCCUCGUGGCCCUGGACGAUGGGUCCGUCAGCACAUGGGACGUGGAGAGCAGGCAGCUCCUCCGGCAGAUAGACACGGCCCGCUCAGUUGUCCUGGGGAUCAGACUAACCAGCGACGAGAAGUACCUGGUCGUGGCAACCACCAAGAAUACGCUGCUCAUUUAUGACAACCAUAAGUCCUGCCUGCUGUCCGAAGUAGACAUCAAGGGCUCCAAGCACUGUGGUAUCACAGGAGGGGUGGCUUUCAUCAAUGGAUUCACACUGGCCAGCCAUCAUGCCUUGGCCUGGCUAGAGGCCAGUAAAGACGUUAAUGUGAUCGAUCUGCUCUACGGCUGGCCCCUCUACCAGUUCCACUGCUGGUACGAGGUCACCUGCGUCCAAUGCUCCCCGGAUGGAAUGUAUGCCUUCUGUGGUCAGUAUCUUAACACCACGUCCAUCUUCCAUCUGGGCACCGGGGACAAGCUAGCCACGGUCACGUCCGAGUUUUCCGGGGGAUUCGUCAAGUCCAUCUUAGUCCUGGACACCAUUCACCAGAUGGUGAUGAUCGAUAAUGAGGGGAGCCUGUCGGUGUGGAACACCAAAGAGAUCAACAACCCCAGACUGAUGGAAGAUUACGACUGCCGGGGGGACGAGAACGAGGUCGUAGGCAUUGAGCUGUCAGAAGACCAGCACUCCAUCCUCAUCUGCAAAGACAAGAGCAUCGAGGUCCUGGACACCAAGUUGUGGAAGAUGGCAGAGAAGUUCAAGGCCAAGCGGGCAGAGCGUUUCGUGGCUGCAGUCCUCUCCAAAAAUGGCCAAAGUAUCGUUGCCUCCAUGGAGAACACGUCGUCCAUAUUUGUGUGGAGGAGGGACAGUGGGCAGUGCAUGGCCAGCCUGAUUGAGAUCUCUGGGGCCAUCAUUAAACUCAUCAAGUCCACCCACCACAACUUGCUCCUGUCUGUGGCCAGCAGUGGAGUGCUAUCAGUCUGGGACAUUGACAUCAUCACCGCCAUGUCCAACAUUGACAAAACAGGGAAGAGGAUCCAGAGUCUACAGCUCUCUGGAAGGGAAGACUUUGUGUUCACAAUGGACGGCUCUGAAGCCAUCCACAAGUGGAACUUCAGCACAGGCUUCAUCGAGACUGUCUUCAAGCACGAGGGCUUGGUGGAGAACUGUGUCCUGACCUCCUCCGGGGAUCUCAUGGUGACGUCGGAUGAUAAGUGCAGCCAGUACAUCUGGCAUACGUCCACAGGGGAAAACAUUUUCCGCAUCAACGGACAGAAGAUAUCCCAGCUCCUGAUGACCCACAACGACCAGUUUGUGGUGUCCCUCUGCGAACAAAACUGCUCUCGAGUCUGGAGGCUGGCCACCGGACACAAAGUGUGCAACAUACUGGUGACCCUCCAGAACGCACUGAUCACCACCGCAAACACCUUCCUAGUGGGAACUACUAAAAACAAGCUGCUCGCUGUCAGCCUCUGGUCAGGCAGUAUUUCUAAGAAGUUUGUCUGUGACGACGGCAUUAGCAUUGUCAACUUCAAGCUUAUUCCCGACUGCCCUGACUUCGUGGUCUUCAUUACAUCGACAGAGACUGUGUUUAUAUGGAGCGUGGCGGAUGAGUCAGUCUGCAGACGCGUACAGCUGCCUACUAACUUCCUCAAAAACCUGGAAGACUUCCAGAUUUCACCAAAUGGGAAACUGGGCAUUGUCUCGAAGGGCGACGAGAACAUUAACGUGUUGGACCUUCACAGCGGGAAGCUGAGGCUCGUUCACGCCGCCGGUAUCAUCUGGCGGCAGAAGCUGUCCAGGGACGGGCGCUACCUGGUCUACAUCUGCUUCCGGAACUGCGACGAAGAUGACGAAGCGGGUGUGGUGUCCAACCUGAUCGUGAUGCGUCUGGCGGAUGGAAAGAGCAUCGGGACAUGCUCCCUCUACAAGACGCCCACCUUCCUCUGCCUGUCCCAGCGGGCACUCAACAUCAUCAUCGGCUUCGAGGACGGCAGCAUCAGCACUUACACGGUGGUGGACCGCGUGGACGCCGCACUCAAGAUCAAGAUUGCCACGUCCAACAGCCGGCAGAUCGUCAACAACGCCUCGCAGAAGGUAAGGCCCAAGUGCGGCAACCACACUUUCAAGACCAUCGCCGACUGCGUGUGGAGGGAGUCCACUGAAGUCUUCUCCAGGGAUAGCCCCAUCAACGUGUCUGACUCAGGGGAGCCAGAGACCACCACUCCCACCAAAAAGAGUGAACUGUUGCAGUGAGAGCGGGGUGGGGGGGGUUACAGUUGACCCUUGUUUACAGCCACCUGAUUCAGCUGCAGAUGUCCUCUGUGUAGUUUACUAUAUGCUGGCUGCUACUAUAACACUGCACUCAAGUCAUGUAUCACAACAACCUAUAUGAUGUUAGCUUAUUCAUUUUCUUCACACGACGACUGUUAGAAUCCAAGUAGUUUUUUAUGGUUCUAAUUUUCUUUUAUAUAUAUAUGAUAUAAAAUAUAUUUAAUCUAUUGGUUUGACAUCAUUUUUCCUUUUGCAUUUGAAGAACAAUGUCGAUUUUUACAUUUCUCCAUUUUACAUUUCUCCAUUUUACAUUUCUCCAUUUUACAUUUCUCCAUUUUACAUUUCCACAUUUCCAUUUCGGUUAGCUUUACCAAUUGUCUUUGUACGUGUGUUAAUUUCUUUGCGUUGUGCACAUUAAGCCAUAAUGUCGUUGUUUAGAAAUGUGUAUUUAUUUAUGUUUAAUUAAAUCAUACGUACUGAACAUUAAACUAUAUACACCAUCGUUCAAAAGAUUGGGGUCACAUCGAAAUGUCCUUGUUUUUGAAAGAAAAGCACUUUUUUUUGUCCAUUAAAAUAACAUGACAUUUAUCAGCAAUAGAGUGUAGACAUUGUUAAUGUUGUAAAUGACUAUUGUAGCUGGAAACGGCAGAUUUCGUAUGGAAUAUCUACAUAGGAGUACAGAGUCCCAUUAUCAGCAACCAUCGCUCCUGUGUUCCAAUGGCACGUUGUGUGAGCUAAUCCAAGUUUAUCAUUUUAAUAGUCUAAUUGAUCAUUAGAAAACCCUUUUUCAAUUAUGUUAGCACAGCUAAAGAAGAAAUAAAACCGGCCUUAUUUAGACUAGUUGAGUAUCUGGAGCAUCAGCAUUUGUGGGUUCGAUUACAGGCUCAGAAUGGUGAGAAACAAAGAACUUUCUUCUGAAACUCAUUAGUCUAUUCUUGUUCUGAGAAAUGAAGGCUAUUCCUUGCGAGAAAUUUCCAAGAAGAUUUCGAAAAAUGCUGUGUACUACACCCUUCACAAAACAGCGCAAACUGACUCUACCCAGAAUAGAAAGAGGAGUGGGAGGCCCCGGUGCACAACUGAGCAAGAGGACAAGUACAUUAGAGUGUCUAGUUUGAGAAACAGACCCCUCACAAGUCCUCAACUGGCAGCUUCAUAAAAUAGUACCCGCAAAACACCAGUCUCAACAUUAACAGUGAAGAGGCGACUCUGUUUCUCUGUCCAGUGUCUGUGUUCUUUUGCCCAUUUUAAUCUUUGAUUUUUACUGGCCAGUCUGAGAUAUGGCUUUUUCUGUGCAACUCUGCCUAGAAGGCCAGCAUCCCGGGGGUCGCCUCUUCACUGUUGCUGAUAAUGGGCCUCUGUACGCCUACAGUAUGUAGAUAUUCCAUUAAAAAUCAGCCGUUUCCAGCUAUAAUAGUCAGUUACAACAUUAACAAUAUAUACACUGUAUUUCUGAUCAAUUUGAUGUUAUUUUAAUGGACAAAAAAAAAUGUUGCAUUUCUUUCAAAAACAAGGACAUUUCGAAGUGACCCCACAUUUAUGAAUGGUAGUGUGUAUAUAUAUAUAUAUAUAUAUAUCUUUUGGCUGCUGCAAUUCGUGCAACUCCUUAAAAUAACAUGUUAUGUUGUGCUUAAUGCAAUCAAAGUGAGUGCCUGGUUUUUGAAAUGUCUUUUAUUUUCGUAUAGACUACUGAGAAUUGCAGGGAGUUCAUAGACACACUAUAUACAAAUACAUAUACUAAUUUAGCAUACAUAAUCAAUUUGAUUGAUUUUAAAAUGAUUAAAAAAAUGUUUUAAAAAAAUACAAAAUAAAAUAAAUAAAAAGUUGAGGAUUAAUAAGGUACUUUAGUGGCCGUGUUGAGUUUGAGAUUAUAAAUACAUGUAUUAACAGCUGGUCCAACUUUACCUGCAGUUUCCGGUUCAUGAAUUUCUCAGUGUAGCAUCUCACUGUUCCUAUCCACGCCUUAAACAGUCUUCUGUUUUACAGCUUUUACCUUCAGUAAAAAAAAAAAAAAAUGUCUUAACAUUUAGAGAGAAAGAGAGAGAAAAACCCUUAAAUUGUCUUAACAUUUAGAGGGAAAGAGAGAGAAAAAAACUUAAAUUGUCUUAACAUUUAGAGGGAAAGAGAGAGAAAAAAAAUUAAAUUGUCUUAACAUUUAGAGGGAAAGAGAGAGAGAUUUUUUUUUAAUUGUCUUAACAUUUAGAGAGAGAGAGAGAACCUUAAAUUGUCUUAACAUUUAGAGAGAAAGAGAGAGAGAGAAAAAAAACUAAAUUGUUUUAACAUUUAGAGAGAGAGAAAGAGACAAAAUCGUGUUAAUAGUGUGGUGAAGGUAUUGAAACGUGUUACAUUAUCAAGGUUUUGUGAGCGUCGGGACGUUAUGAAGGACAUUCGGGGAACGAUGCUUCUAAA